UCAGCAUAUCCGCGAAUUACCUCUAGUACUGGUAUUUGGGAUCGCUACAUCUCCAAUGGUUAUCCACAGCUUACUUCCUCACUCUGUUUCUUCUCUGCUGUGCAUAGAGCUUUUCCAGUCCCUUUCCUGUAAGGAGCACCUGUCUACUAUAAUUGACAAGGUGCUCCUGACAGCCCAGUUUCCCUUUAAACUGGGUGAGAAAGUUCUGCAGGUUCUCAUCAACAUAUUCUUAUACCAUGAUUUUUCUGUCCAGAAUUUUAUCAAAGGAUUUCAGCUCUGUAUUGUGGAGCACUUCUAUUCCCAGCCUCUUAGUGUACUGUGUUGCCAACUGGUAGAUGCCAAGAAGAGAGUAAAUUCUUUAUCACAUGAUCAGUGUGAAAACAUUCGAAGACUGCCCUCUUUUAGAAGGUAUGUGGAAAGUCAAGUAUCAGAGAAACAGGUUGCACUGCUGACAGCAGACAGCUUCGUAAAGGAAGUAACCCAGAAGUUGCUGGAGGACUUGCAUGUUUACCAUGAAAAUUAUGUUUCAGUUCUGAGAUGUCUUCAUGUUUUCAUAUCUUCUCUUCCGAAGUAUCCUUUGGGCAAGCAGAUUAGGGAGCUGCACUGUGCAUGUUUGGAAAACCGAGUGUGGGAGACAGAGGAGUAUGAGUCAUCUCUUCAACUAGCAAGGAUGUUGAAUAAGUCUGAUUUGGUAACCAUGCUUCAACAGUGUGUGGAAAUUCUUGUGUCAUCUUCUGGAAAGGAGUUUGAUAAGACAGUAGGAAAGUUGAAGGAGUUCUUGACCCAGUUUCAGAAACUAGAAGCAGAAGCUUUCCAAGAACAAGAUGUGUCCAUAUCGUCACAAAAGGAGCUCCGGAAGAAGACAGACCUUUAUCAUCUUCAGAAGACUUUGUUGGAGUUGAAGGAAUCAAGGCGGUCUAAGAAACUGACAAAGUUUGAAACGCUUCGUUUUGAAGUUGUUGACUAUAUAGACAGUCUUGUAAGAAAUUACCUUGUUCCUGCAGACCACAAGACUCUGCACGAGAUACUGUAUUUCAACACAGCCAGUGUUCUCCGUGCGCACUUGAAUGCUGCCCCGAGGAUUGCACUUCAUACAGCUUUAAAUAACCCAUACUGCUACCUGAAGAAUCAAGCUUUGAAACCUGAUGGAGGAAGCAUUUCUAAUAAAGCCCCUGACAUAUGCAUAGUGUAUAAGCUUCAUCUGGAGUGUGGCAGAUUGAUCAAUCUCGUCGAUUGGUUAGAGGCUUUCUCAACUGUGGUGACAGCAGCUGAGGGACCACAUGCAGAUGCAGCUUCCUCAGACCAGGUGGAUGAUAUUAUCCAUGCUCGCUUUAUUCGAGCUGUUUCUGAACUGGAACUCUUAGGCUUCAUAAAGCCCAGCAAGCAGAAAACUGACCACGUGGCAAGGUUGACAUGGGGAGGCUGUUAAUGUGCCACUGAGAUCUUAAUAAACGUGUUCUUUGU